ACACCAGCACCACCACUCAUUCCCAGCACCGGCGACAGUGCGGGCUGCACGUUUUCCCGGAUCAUGCAAUCCGCGGCCACCGCGCCGGAUCACAGAGACGAGUGCUGCUGGGGAGCGUGUGUGCUCGGGGGCGCCGCCUGCCGAUCCAGCGCCUCAUCUUCCCAGCGCCUGCUGCACAUCCAGCUGCCGCCGCUAUUAUAAGCGGAGCGUCUGUGUGGAGUCGCUUGUAACUGCACGUCUCCUCUCUCGCUCCACACUCCCCCUGCCAGGGAGCAACCCGGGGGUCAGCAGCCACACAGCGGCCUGCACUGCCGAGUCUUUCCCCCACCGUGGGAGCUAGAGGUGCCAUCUGCAGCGGGGGCUGGAAGCAACCUGAUCUCCGGCAUUACAUAGAGGGUGGUGUUUCCCUGGGUGUCCUCCCCUUCCAGCUGGCUCUCCGGGGGGCUGCUGCAGGACGCAGCGAGAUGAGCAGGCACUGUCGGGGGUCUGUGCUACUGCUGUUGCUGGUUACUUGCUGUCUGCACCCGGAGCUCAGCUGGGUUCAUGGAACGAAGACAUUGUGUGAGGAAUCACAGUUUGAGUGUGGUAAUGGGCGUUGCAUCACUUCAUUGUGGAAGUGUGAUGGCGAUGAAGACUGUGCUGAUGGGUCUGAUGAGAAUGCAUGUGAAAAGAAAACCUGUGCAGAAGCAGACUUUGUUUGCAGCAAUGGCCAGUGUGUUCCAGAACGAUGGCAGUGUGAUGGAGACCCAGACUGUGAAGAUGGAUCUGAUGAAACACCAGAGUUGUGCCAUUUGAGAACAUGCAGAGAGACUGAAAUCAGCUGUGGAGCCCGUUCAUUGCAAUGUGUCCCCCUCUCCUGGCUAUGUGAUGGUGAAUCUGACUGUGACAGUGCAGAGGAUGAAGAGAACUGUCGGAAUGUGACCUGUAGUCCAGCUGAGUUCACUUGCUCCAGUGGCCACUGUAUUUCAAUUGGUUUUUAUUGCAAUGGUCACAAAGACUGCAGUGAUGGUAGCGAUGAAGUGAACUGCACCCCUCCCACAUGUGGCGCCCAUGAAUUCCAGUGCAAGAACUCUUCCUGUAUACCUCUGACCUGGGUGUGUGAUGACGAUGCAGACUGUGCGGACCACUCAGAUGAGUCUCUGGAGCAGUGUGGGCGCCAGCCAGUUGCACCUCAGAGGUGCUCACCCAGUGAGAUUCCUUGUGGCUCUGGGGAGUGCAUUCAUAAGAAGUGGCGCUGUGAUGGAGAUGCUGACUGCAGGGACAAAAGUGAUGAAGUGAAUUGCCCAUCCCGUACAUGCCAACCUGACCAAUUUAAAUGUGAAGAUGGUAACUGCAUACAUGGCACAAGACAAUGUGAUGGUGUGAGAGACUGCCUUGAUGGCACUGAUGAAUUGCGCUGUAAAAAUGUCAACCAGUGCACCGGUCCUGGUAAAUUCAAGUGCAACUCUGGGGAAUGCAUAGAAUUGCAUAAGGUGUGCAACAUGCAAAACGACUGUAAAGAUGGAAGUGAUGAGCCUACGAAGGAAUGUGAUGUCAACGAGUGCUUGGUGAAUUACGGUGGCUGCUCUCACUUAUGCCGGGACAUGAUUAUUGGCUAUGAAUGCUACUGUCCUGCUGGGUUUGAACUGAUCGACAGAAAAACCUGUGGUGAUAUAGAUGAAUGUCAAAAUCCAGGGAUCUGCAGUCAGAUCUGUGUCAACCUUAAAGGAGGCUACAAAUGUGAAUGCAGUAGAGGGUAUCAAAUGGAUCUGUCAACAGGAGUGUGUAAGGCAGUAGGAAGGGAACCAUGUCUGAUAUUCACAAACCGCAGGGAUAUCCGGAAGUUUGGACUCGAAAGGAAGGAAUACAUCCAGUUGGUGGAGCAGUUGCGGAACUCUGUGGCACUGGAUGCAGAUAUUGCGGGACAGAGUCUCUUCUGGGCUGACACCAUUCAGAAAGCAAUAUUUAGAGCCUCCAUGGAUAGCCGUGACCAAAUAGGAAGCCAUAUCAAAGUUCUAGAAGGCCUGCAUAAUCCUACAGCCAUUGCUGUUGAUUGGAUUUACAAGAACUUCUAUUGGACAGAUAUUGGUCAAAAGACUAUUUCGGUUUCAAACUUUGAUGGAUCCAAAAAGAAGGUUCUGUUUAACACAAGCUUGGAAGAUCCCACCUCUAUUGCAGUUGAUCCCAUAUCUGGAUUUAUCUACUGGUCAGACUGGGGAGAACCUGCCAAAAUUGAGAAGGCUGGAAUGAAUGGAAUAGACAGACAGGAACUUGUGACAACUGACAUCAAGCGACCCAGUGGCAUUGUGUUAGAUUUGGUGAAAAGCCGCCUAUACUGGCUUGAUCUGAAGCUGCACCAUCUCUGUAGUGUGGACCUAAAUGGACAGGACCGGCGUGUUAUCUUGAAGUCUCCUGAAUUUCUGGCUCACCCUCUUGCACUUGCUAUAUUUCAGGAUCGGGUCUACUGGAUUGAUGGUGAGAAUGAAGCUAUCUAUGGUGCAAACAAAUUUACUGGGCAAGAGCUGGCUACAUUAAUUAACAACUUGAAUGAUGCCCAAGAUAUCAUUGUCUACCAUGAACUUGUGCAGCCGUCAGGAAGAAACUGGUGUAAUGAGAGACUAGAAAAUGGAGGCUGUGAGUAUCUGUGUUUACCCGCCCCACAGAUAAAUGAUCGUUCACCUAAAUAUACCUGUCUCUGUCCUGAUGGCAUGGAUCGCUUUGGCCGAACCUGCAGAAAAGGCAGUUCUGUUUUAACUGAAGACCAUACUAUCCCUGCAGGAUUGCAUCCUGACAAAGCACUUUCAGGGGAAGGCAAUAAUAGUAUGUCGGUGUUUGAGGCAAACAAAAACACAUCUGCGGCAUGGGCUAUUCUUCCUCUCUUAUUACUAGUCAUGGUGGCUACUGGAGCUUUCCUAAUGUGGCGCAACUGGCAGCGAAAGAACAUGAAAAGUAUGAAUUUUGACAAUCCUGUGUACUUGAAAACCACAGAAGAGGACCUCACAAUAGAUAUUGGUAGACAUGGAGCCAAUGUGGGACACACUUAUCCAGCAAUAUCGGUUGUUAACACAGAGGAUGACCUAUCGUGAGGUUGGUUGAACAUGGUUGGCAUUCACCAUCCUCCUUCAGUCUACAAUGCUUCAACUGGAUUUAUCUUGAGUUCUGGAUGGUAACCAGGCCAGAAGCUGAACACAUCCCACCCUAAUAUGGAAGUAUGAAGAUGUGUGCAAUGCAGCUCUUAUGAAUGGGACACUACAAUGAAAAUCCCUUGUAUAUAUUUCUUAAUAAGGUUGUUCAGCUCUUGAUAUGGUUGCCAUUUAAUAUACAGCCCUCAACUCCUUAUUUAUUUUUUCAGUAUUAGCAACUCCUCACCUCCCCACUUGCCAAGUACUGUAAAAAGCACUUUCCAUAAAAAGCCAUAUCCCAGCAAAUUAAACCUUGUGCUAUAUAGUGGCCACCUGUACAUACUUGUAUAGGCAGUUGUACAUAUCUCUAGAACACAAUCACUAUUCUGAAGCACUUUGUCUUUAGUUUGAUUUGUUUUUGUACUUUCUGUAGUACUUUUUUUUUUUUUUUUUUUUUUUUGUUUUUGUACUUUCUGUUUUUUUUGUAGGUUUCUGUACUUUCCUUUUUCAUAUGGUUGGGGCAAUGGCAAUAGACUAAACAAAACGGGUUAUUAAUAUCAAAUUGCCAAAUAACUUCUUAACCUGAAACAAACUUUUGUAUGUGUGAAUGCAACUGUAAAUCUGUCUUGACUGACCUUUUUUUCUAGAGGUGUGCAGAGUGAACUCCCUGUCAAAAAACCACUGGAGAUCUUUUCAGAAUUAAAGAAAAUAUGAAUUUA